AUGCUUUCUACAUGAUGGUUACUAAAGAAACCUAGUAGUAUUAUAUUUGCCAAAUUAAGGUACAAAACUGUUGGCGCAUAUAUCUUCCCCGUCCAGACUACAGAGUAUUAAUAAAUGUACACACGCAUACAAACAUAUGUAGGGAAAGACACAAACAUGGCUGUUUGCAAUCCAACUUGUCGAAUGAAGUUGUCUGCAGAGAAGCCUUCCGCUCCUCACGCAGUUGAACACAUGAUUACCACCAUGAUCUCUUCAUUCAAGCCCGUAUUGAGAGAGUUGCAACAUAUUCCCAUAAAAAUUGAUGUUCAAAAGACUUUGAAGAACACUUCAAUUGAACUAUUAGAUGCCUUCGUGGACAAGAUGUUCAAGUUUGUGGACCAGCCAUAUCUAGAAACUCAGAGAAAUUUUGUUCCAGUUGAAGAGAUGGGGAAUAAAGUUCUUGUUAAUAACGUUCAAGGGGCGAUUCCGUGUGAUUUUCCUGAUGGUGUUUAUGUAAGAAACGGGCCAAAUCCUCUGUAUGGUGGAUACAAAUCAACAAUAUCAAUGCUGGGCAGAUCAAAUCACAUAUGGGUAGAAGGAGAAGGGAUGAUUCAUGCAAUAUAUUUCGAAAAAGAGACAUCAACUGGUAUCUGUAGCAUCUACUACAACAAUAGAUAUGUUCAAACGGAGACAUUCAAGAUGGAGAGCAGUAAGAACAAGCCUUGUUUCAUUCCGACAAUCGAAGGUGAUUCUGCAGCUGUUUUGUUAGCUUACCUCCUAAAUAUGCUAAGAUUUGGAAAAGUAAACAAAUAUAUUAGUAAUACCAAUGUUUUCGAGCAUGCGGGGAAGUACUACUCGAUUGCCGAAAGUGACAUGCCUCAGGAAAUUGAUAUUCAUACACUGGAAACAUUUGGAACCUGGGACGUCAACGGGACAUGGAACAGACCCUUCACCAGCCAUCCAAAGAAAGCUCCAGGAUCAGGGGAGCUAGUUUUCAUGGGUGUUGAUGCAAUGAAACCUUUUCUUGAAAUGGGUAUUAUUUCAGCUGAUGGCAUGAAACUUGUUCAUAAAGUGGACCUUGAUUAUAAGAGAUCUAGCCUUUGCCAUGACAUAGGGGUUACAGAGAGGUACAACGUUUUACUGGACUUUCCAUUGAUAUUAGAUGUUAAUCGACUCAUUCGAGGAGGCCCAUUAAUAAAGUAUGAAGAUAAAGAAUAUGCAAGGAUCGGAGUGAUGCCACGUUAUGGCAAUAAAGAAUCUAUACAGUGGUUUGAUGUGCAACCAAGUAGUGCAUUUCAUAUUGUCAAUUGUUUCGAAGAUGGUGAUGAGGUUGUAAUGUGGGCCUGUAGAGCUUUGGGUUCGAUAAUACCAGGACCUGAUCUAGGCCUUAACAGAUUUGAGUACUUCUCCAACGGGUUCAAGCAAACUUGUUCUAAUUCUUCGGACAGAGAUAUUGAUGCUGAUGGAUUAUUUUUUUCUCGCUGUUACGAGUGGAGAUUAAACAUGAAAACAGGAGAAGUGAAAGAGAGGAAUUUAAGUGGAACAAAAUAUUCCAUGGACUUCCCUAUGAUUAAUGAAAAUCAUACAGGAAUCAGGAAUAAGUUUGCGUACACACAAAUCGUUGACACAAAAGCAAGCUCAGCAGCAGGCAUGGCAAAAUAUGGAGGGCUGGCCAAGUUGUAUUUUGAAGAACUACGAGAGGAAACAAAUGAAGAGUUGAUAAAGACUGAAUAUCACGCCUUUCCAGAUAAUACAUUUUGCUCAGGGGCAGCGUUUGUCUCUAAGAUCGAAGGUCAUGAAGAAGAUGAUGGUUGGAUAGUCACAUAUGUACAUAAUGAAUAUACUAACAUAUCUCAGGUUUAUAUAAUUGAUGCUAAGAAAUUUUCAGAGAAGCCGGUUGCAGUAGUUACAUUACCAAACAGAGUUCCUUAUGGUUUUCACGGAGCUUUUAUGAGAACAGGAGCUAACUAAACGGUACUUGGAGUUGUUCUUUUUGUUUGUUUCCCUAAACUUGUGUAUGUGCCGAAACUAGAGGUAAGGGAUGGGAAGAGUCGAACUAAAAAACUUUAGAGAAGGAGCAUUUUGAAGGAACACUAAAAGUAUAUAUAGUAUAUAGAAAGAAGCAGCAGUUUGUUUUAACUAGAAAUGCUGCAAUUUUAUUUU